AUGUGGAUUCUCCACGGCAACGUAACUGAACGCGGAGACGUCGGCGGGGGUCCUGGGAAGAGUUCUCUUUUCUUCUUGACGGCCUAUCACCCUGAAAUCGAGCCCCGCACCUUUGCGGGGUCCGGUGCGCCCCCGACGACCCUUGAAAAUCCGCGGGAAGGAAUAGUUUUCACGCCAGGUCGUACUCAUAACCGCAGCAGGUCUCCAAGGAUUGGCUCUAAGGGUCGGGCUCGCUGGGCCUUGGGGGGAACCCCUCGGAGCAGGGGGGCACUAGCCGGGCAACCGGCCGGCGCCCCCCAGCACCGGGUGGGGGACGCCCUUGGCAGGCUUCGGCCGUCCGGCGGGCGAUUAACGACCAACUUAGAACUGGUACGGACAAGGGGAAUCUGA